CCCCCUCUACACCCAACCAUCUCAACCAUUUUCCAUGUGAUUCGUACUGCCGGAUUGCCCGGAUGGCCAAAUUGUGAAAGGAACCUUGCUCUUCUUGAUAACGUGGAGGAAAGAACAUGCCUCUCUGCGACAUUGGGGGGCCUUAUAAAGCAGGAGCGGGGCCCAGCCCUGACAACAGUCGCACUCAACAGUCCUAGCUAAUAGGAGGUUGCAUAUCUUAGCGCGCCAUGAAAUUCUUGAUUGUCCUCUCCUGCGCCUUGGCUGUAGCAACAGCGGGCUAUGCCAACCCCUACUACUACGCGGCCUUGCAGCAUAUACCAGUACUCACGCCUCAUGGAGUGCCAGUUGAACCGCCAGCGGUGCAAAUCGCUAAGAUCAAUCACUUAGCCGCUCAUGCACAGGCCCAUCUGGGAGUAGGACAUCACCAUGGCGUCCCUGCGGAUACGCCCGAGGUUGCUGCUGCCAAGCUGGCUCACCUACAAACCGUCGCCGCUAAAAGAGCUGGCUACCACGUAGCACCAAUCGCUGCAGCUUCUCACAUCGCACCCCUUAUUGCCGCCGGUCACCCCAUAGAUACUCCCGAGGUACAAGUUGCGAAGGCCGCCCACUUUGCUGCCCACGCGGCCGUCCGAGGACACCUCAGGAAAAGGAGGGCCCUGCCAUAUCCUCUCCAUUAUCCUGUGAUCGACCACAAUGGCGUGCCUGUGGAAACCCCCGAGGUGCAGGCUGCUAAGGCUCACCACUUCCAGGAAUUCGCCAGAGUUGCUCAAAGACCCGGCCAAAACAUCCCAGACUCCGUAGACUACAACUCUCCCCACUACUCAGCGCCAGCACCUCAGUAUCAUGCUCCACAGUUUGCCGCCACACACUACGCAACUCCCCAGUAUACUCCUGCCUACUACAACCACGCUCCAUUGAGGGGACCUGGAGGUCCACCAGCUGAGAUCGGACCUGAUGGACAGCCAUUGGAAACGCCUGAGGUACGAGCUGCAAAAGCCGCCCACUUCGCCGCCUACGCAGCUGUCAGUCAAGGAAACUACGGCCACUUUGGUUGAGGACGUCAAGAUGCAGUGAUUCACUAGGAAUUUGUGAAUAUUAAUACAAAAAGGCUGACGCACGGUAUCUUCGAUUACAAUUUUUCAAUCUAGACUAGUCAAUGCUACAGUAGUUGACGAUAUGCUAGGCCAGUGCAUUAAUUUUGAGUAGGAUCUUUCUAUUUUUUUAUACUUCAGUUACCUGGUAGAAACUAUUUCAGAACGUUAGUGCACUGACCCUUGACGUAAUAAUUGCAUUAUUUGAUACACGUUAUCUUUGAAUAAGAAGAAUACAUUCUCACACUUAAGUCACUCAAAAUGUAUUCCAAGAAAAGAUACGGCUACCAAUUUUGCUAAGGUGGAGCUUCUUGUCGUACAAGAAGGGAAUCUGUUUUGAAGCUGGAGCAACAGCUAUCGUAACCAGCAAAUACGUGCAUUUACUUAACAAUUGUAGCAUAGCCUAGUGACAUCACUGUUGUGAUAGCUCUUAGUGUAAAUAUGCGUUUGUAAAAAAUAUAAUACAGAAAAUGUAAAACAUUUUAUAAAUAUAAAUUUUGUAUGACCAAGAAGCUUUUCACUAUAAAGCCUAAUGAACAAGACAAACCUGGUACUCGGGGGAGAGACCUUCGUUCUUGAUUUUUUUUUCGGAAUCAUGUUUGGUGGAUGCUAGCUAACAUAAGAUAAGAGGUUGCCGGGUAGAAGCUCACUACAAAUUUGCUUAAGCAAUUUUUUAUACAGUAUUGACUGAACGAUGUAGUUCCCUACACCACGAUUCCCCAGCGCGCAAGAGAGCCAGCAUUGCCACAGCUACUGACUUCACACAUUUUUGAGACUCCACCGAAAGGGUGAAAAAACGUAGGUGGGAUCUUCCAGGAGUUCAAAGAAAUAAUGUUAUUCGAUCUUGAACUUUAUGGCCAGCACCUUCUGACCUUUACGGUCAAUUUUAUAAUACGUAGUCCUGUAAUUGGAUUAUUGACGUAUACUUUACUAAAUUAAGACAAGUUACCGGGCUGAAAAUAAUCUAUAUCAUUCACAAUAACAUUACAUGAGUAACUCAUUUCUGACAUGCCGGAUAGGUAUGGGUUUUCAUUGUUGGACAGACAGCUAUUAGAAAAUACAUGUAUAUCACAAUCAGUAUGUCAAAUGUAUAAUGAGAAUAGCAAAUGCCAUGUUUCGAAGUAUAUUUUUAUGAUUGUCUCUUAUCUUCACAUCAGUGAUAAAUUACGUUAAGCAUUUGACCACAUACUUUCCGUGCAUCCAUCCAGCUACUUCGUCGUAAUGUACUUGAGUCUAUCAACAAUGUAAAUUGAAAUAUAACAUUAUGUAAUACGGAAUGGAUACAUAUUUUUUACAGUUCCAUUAAAUAAAGUAUAUUCAAUACCGUUCAGUCUACUGCCUAUUUUUUCAAAAAUUUUG